CGGAAUAUGCACCAAAGCUGGUUUGCCAUCCGCCAUUAAACAUCAAAGAAGAAGAAAAUCACUGUGUACGAAAGCGGAUAUGACGACAUUCGUUGACCAAAGAAAGCGCACCAUGGCGCUCGGAUAGCAACAACAAAGGAGUAAGAGCGAGAAGAUUUUUAGGGACCAACAGUAAGGCAUGGAAAGCACAAUAAUGGAGGUAUCCAACUCGAACACAGAGCCCGAGUCACUCCAGGCUUCUUCUGCAGAAAUGUCAACCACUCAAUCCAGCACAGCUGGGACAUCCCAGUCUGCACCUGCAAAACGAAAAAGACUUUUGAAAAGAAAAGCGGAUUCCGUUGCGGAUGACAAAAGCAAAAAGAAAAAGAAAAAAACUGUAAAACGAACUACAAGACCAAAUUACACCGUCCAGGAGGGAGAGGACAUGCUUUUGAUUAUAUCAAAUAUAAACAGUAGUGACAGCAUAUGGAAGCCCAAGCGGAAGGGAUGUAAGAAAAAGAAGAUAACCGCAAAAGGCAAGAAUAAAACCUCUGCUAACAAAACGAAAAAAGCACCAGUAAAAGCGAAAAUCCCCAAAGUCACAGAGCAAGCUAUUGAUAAAAAUGUUGAUUUGGAGAGUGUUAAUGCUGAUAGCUUUGACCGCUGGGGUCAAAGUUUGCCAAUAGAGGUCCUGGUGAAAAUCUUUCAGUUUGCAGUUUUCCAGGAUGGAGCCGUACCUUUUCUGUGCAGGGUUGGCAGAGUUUGCCGUCUAUGGAAUGGAGCUGCAUCCUCUCCGAUCCUGUGGCGUAGGGUGUCAGUUGGCUACUGCUGGAUUGAACCCGGUAAGAGUCAAUUACCUGGGACAGAACAGAAGAUUAGGAACACUAUAGACUGGCUAGCUGAAAACAGAUUGUCUCAGUUGAGAGAGUUCUCCCUUUGCCACUGGAAAAAACAUGUUGAUUAUGUGAUUCAGAAAGUUUCACAAUCAUGCACCAAUCUUCAGUCUCUCAAGCUGUCUUACUGCACGGGAAUGACAGAAACAGCCUUCCAAAACCUUGGUGCUCAAUGUCGAUCAUUAGAGAAUAUAAAUUUGCAACACUCAGAGUUUAAUGUUGAUGGUCUGGUGUCCUUCAUUGAGGCAUACGGCAACCAAAUAAAGAAAAUUUACUUCACACACAGCACCAAGAGUGACAAACUACUCAGUGCUUUGUCUAAAGGUUGCUGUCCUGAGCUCAUGCUGCUGGAGAUCAAUACUAAAUUAGAUGGAGGAUACUGCCAGCUUCCCAUCUGUAUUCAGGCUUUGCAGAUUGGAUGCCCUAAACUUCAGACUUUUAGGUUGAUGAAUGUCACUCCAGUUCCUAAAACGAUCCGCAACACACCGAGUUCAACAUCUGGUUUUCCCAUGCUAGAGGAGCUGUGCAUUGCCACUUCCUCUCACUCUUUCAUGACUGACGGUGACCUGAACAAUGUGCUCCAUGGCUCCCCUCACCUGCGUGUGCUGGACCUACGUGGUGGCUCUCGCAUCACAGCCACUGGCCUCUAUGCUCUGCCUUGUGAGAGACUGGAGUGUCUGUAUUGGGGCCUCUACUUCAACAGCAAUACCAUGGUAGCAUCCAAGAAAGGCAUACACAUGCUUGCCCACAAAUGGAGCAGCACCCUCAGGGAGCUUGAUUUGGCCAACCAACCAUUUUCAGAAGAAGACAUGGAGAUUGCCAUGGGACAUCUUGCACAUGGUGCUGGAGUCGAUUUGUUUCGCUCCCUGAACCUCAGUGGAACUAAAAUCACUUCAUCUGCACUCAGGUUACUAAUAAGUCAGUCACCAGCACUGAAGUACUUGAAUCUGUCUUCUUGCCGGUAUCUGCCCAGAGGACUCAAACGAGUAUAUCACGGUCGAGAAGACAUUCAGCUACUACUGGACAAAUUAGACUGAACAUGUAUAUAUUGCAGAAACUCUGAUAUUAAAUUCAGUUAUUUUUAAAGUGUACAAAAUGUAAUU